GAGUCAGGCUACAACAGGAACACCGGUCAGAGAUACAAACUUCACAGAAAAGAAACGAAAGUGAAAAUGUGGGUUUAACUGGCAGGUGGACAAUUAUAACCGAAACUUUCAUUACGAAAGGAGGAAUUCAGAAGGGACAGCACAACGAUGCCAAUCACGUUCAGCGGAUGGGAGGCCUUCUGCGAAAACUUUAAGCAGCUGGAACCAGGCAAGGCCCCCAAAAAAAGCCACAGUUACACCAUGUUCCAUGGGACACACAAGAGCAACGCCCAAACUAUAAUAACUACAGGAUUUAAGCCUUCAGCCGGAGGAACACUGGGAGCUGGUGUCUACUGCAGCAGGGACAUUAACAAAGCCAAAGCCUACCCAGCAUGCUGUUCUCCUAAUGACAGAGUAGUGUUCGAGCUGCAGGUAAGAGUGGGCAAGGUAAAGAGAAUUGACAGCCAGUGCAUGCAUCUGCAGACCACGUGGCAUCAGAAUGGAUACGACACAGCCUGGCUGCCUGCCUCUGUGACUGGCUUUGAGGAAGACUGCGUGUGGGACCCAAAGAGGCUCACAGUUGUCGGUAUAGCACACUGUGAGGAUGCUGGCGUAAAGAAUUCUUUGGAGAGUCUCAUAAAGCAGCAAGGAAGAGGACCAGGACAAGAGGAAAGUGGGCAAGCAGGGAAACCUUGCAAGAACUGUGGAAUGCAAACACAAAAGCCACACACUUUGGUGAAGUGCUGGGUCUGUAAGACAGCCAUAUGUCCCUUCAUGAAUAAGCACAUGUGCUCGAAGAAGUGAUUACUCACCCAUUUUCUCCUCUUUGAUUCACUAAUGAUUGUUUCUUUAGCGUACAGUAUGCUGCUUUGUGUGAUCAUUUGUAUUUAUAUCACUAGACAAUAACUUGUAAGUAAUUCAUAAUUCCAGUCUUGGUUUCUCCCAAGGUGUCUACUUCUUUAUCUGAAUCUUUGAGAGUCUUUUCUUACCAAUGUCACCCGUUUGCUCACUGUCGUCUGUAAAACUGUUUUGAGGUUAUCUGUAUUGUAAAAUGUGCUAUAAAAAAGAAAAUAUAUUCCAUUCUAACAAUUCUUAUGAGAAAACAAAUAGCCCUUAAAAUGAGCUAAUUGAUAUUUAUAAUGUAUACAUUAGAAAUUCUGAAUGUGACAUUAAUGUAAAAAUUUAAAUCAAAGUAUAAAUAAAAGUACAUGAUGUGAUGAAA